GAUAUUGCUUACAGUUUGUUUACUUUGUGGUAGUUUUUAUUCAUUUGGGUCAUACUAUCUUUUGAAGAUCAGUGACGUCACAGUUUGCAAAGGUGACCAUGGCUUACGUCUUUCGGCAUAUGAAAAAGGCUGCCAGUGGGCUGCCAAGUACAGUCCGAUACAUUCAUGUAUCCUCCGUGGCAUCACAGAAGGUUGCUAUGAGCAGAUUGGAGCCGAACCAGCACAUAGACUAUGAUAAGAUUUCGCACAGAGUUGAUGUUGUGAAGAAGAGAUUGGGGAGACCCCUUACACUGUCUGAGAAAAUUCUCUACGGACAUUUAGAUGAUCCCAAGAAUCAGGAUAUUGUACGAGGAGAGAGCUAUCUCAAGCUGCGACCAGAUCGUGUUGCUAUGCAGGAUGCCACUGCCCAGAUGGCACUGUUACAAUUUAUCUCAAGUGGUCUACCUAAAGUAGCAGUACCUUCCACAGUUCACUGUGACCACUUGAUAGAGGCACAGCUUGGAGGAGACAAAGAUCUUGCCAGAGCUAAGGACAUAAACAAAGAAGUAUAUGACUUUUUGUCAUCAGUAAGUGCCAAAUAUGGUGUUGGUUUCUGGAAACCAGGAAGCGGUAUCAUCCAUCAGAUUAUUUUAGAGAAUUAUGCAUUCCCAGGAGCUCUGAUUAUUGGUACAGACAGUCACACCCCCAAUGGAGGUGGAUUGGGAGGUCUUUGUAUAGGUGUGGGCGGAGCCGAUGCUGUUGACGUAAUGGCUGACAUUCCUUGGGAACUGAAAUGCCCAAAGGUAAUUGGAGUGAACUUGACUGGUAAAAUGAGUGGCUGGACUUCACCUAAAGAUGUUAUAUUGAAAGUAGCCGGUAUCCUGACAGUGAAGGGAGGCACAGGUGCUAUUGUAGAGUACUACGGGCCAGGUGUUGACUCUAUAUCUUGUACAGGUAUGGGAACUAUAUGUAACAUGGGUGCUGAAAUUGGAGCAACGACUUCAGUGUUCCCAUUUAACUACAGAAUGCAAGAUUAUCUCAAUGCUACCAGUAGAAAAGAGAUAGCUGAUGAAGCCAAUAGGAACCAGGCACUACUUUCUGCUGAUCCGGGAGCCAAAUAUGACCAGGUUAUUGAUAUCAACUUAGACACGUUAGAGCCAAGUGUAAAUGGACCUUUCACACCAGACUUGUACAAUCCUAUUUCUAAACUUCGUGAAGUAGCUAUUGAAAAAGGAUGGCCGCUUGAUGUUAGAGUUGGAUUGAUUGGUAGUUGUACAAACAGCAGUUAUGAAGACAUGAGCAGAUCAGCUAGUAUUGCUAGGCAAGCUCUGGAUAAAGGCAUCAAAGCUAAGGCCGCUUAUACCGUUACUCCAGGAUCAGAACAAAUCCGUGCCACUAUCGAGAGAGACGGUCAGGCUGCUGCAUUACGUGACAUUGGCGGAGUUGUCCUGGCAAAUGCAUGUGGACCUUGUAUUGGUCAGUGGGACAGACAAGACGUUAAGAAAGGAGAGAAAAAUACCAUCGUUACAUCAUAUAACCGUAACUUUACCGGACGUAAUGAUGCCAACCCUGCAACCCACGCAUUUGUUACCUCACCUGAACUAGUCACAGCCAUGGCCAUUGCUGGUGAACUUGGCUUCAACCCAGAAAAAGAUGAGCUGACGGCCGCAGAUGGUUCCAAGUUCAAGUUGGAAAGUCCUUAUGGUGAUGAAUUACCAGCUCAGGGAUUUGAUCCUGGUGAGGAUACCUUCCAGCCCCCACCAGAAGAUGGCGCCGGAGUAUCCGUACAAGUUGACCCCAAGAGUAACAGACUUCAACUUUUGAGCCCCUUCCAGAAAUGGGACGGAAAGGAUAUUGUUGAUAUGCCAGUUCUCAUCAAAGCUAAGGGUAAAUGUACAACAGAUCAUAUCAGUGCAGCAGGACAAUGGUUGAAAUAUAGAGGCCAUCUUGAUAAUAUCUCAAAUAACCUCCUUAUUGGAGCUGUAAAUGCAGAAAAUGGUGAAAUAAACAAAGUAAAGAAUCAGAUAACAGGGGAAUAUGGGUCAGUACCAGAAGUAGCCAGAAAAUACAAAUCACAGGGUGUGCCAUGGUGUGUAGUAGGAGAUGAGAACUAUGGAGAGGGUAGCAGUAGAGAACAUGCUGCAUUAGAACCCAGACAUCUUGGUGGACGUGCCAUCAUUGUGAAAAGCUUUGCUAGAAUCCACGAGACGAAUUUGAAAAAGCAAGGAAUGCUUCCUUUAACAUUUGCCAACUCGAGUGAUUACGAUAAAAUACAGCCCUCAGAUAGAAUAUCAUUGUUAGACCUCAAAUCAAUAGCACCAGGAAAACCUGUAACUUGUGAGAUAAAGCACGAGAAUGGAUCCUCCGAGAAAAUACAGCUGAACCAUACAUUAAAUGCCGGCCAGAUCGAGUGGUUCGUGGCCGGUAGUGCUCUAAACAGAAUGGCAGAAAAACGGAAAUAAAAUAAAAACCCUCCCGAUAUGAAACAAACAAAAUGAAACAAAAAUUUAUGUUUCAAAACACUAUUUUUUUGAAGCUGUGAUGUUUGAAUCUUCAAUGUUCUCCAGUAUUUGAUGAGAGAAAUGAUAUUAUCAAUUGUUUGAUUCAGUUAUA